AUGAGGCUCACGGCCGAACUGCUGCAGAACUCACCGUCGUGGCUCAACGCGCUGAAGGAGCGCGAGCUCGACCUCCGAGGACAUCGCAUUCCCGCCAUUGAGAACCUGGGUGUAGCAGGUCCCCAAGAUGCCAUAGACUUCGUCGACAACGACAUCCAGGUGCUGGGCAACUUCCCCCUGUCGCCGCGGAUACAGACCCUGCUGCUGGCGCGCAACCGCGUCGCUACGAUACAGCCGACGCUGGCGAACUCGAUCCCGAACCUCACGAACCUGCAGCUCGAAUCCAACAACCUGAGCGAGCUGGCUGAUCUGGACCCGCUGGGCUCCUUUGCGCGGCUGACGCACCUGGUACUGAGGGAUAACCCCGUCACAAAGAAGGAGCACUACCGAUACUGGGUCCUCUGGCGCUGCCCGGCGGUGCGCUACCUCGACUACCACAAGGUCAAGGACGCGGAGCGCAAGCAGGCGCGGGACCUAUUCGGCACGGCCGAGGAGCCGACGGAGCUGGCGUCGAAGCUGAUGGGCAUCAAGUCGAAGACGUUCGACGCGACGACCGCGGCCAACGGCGCCUCGUCUGGCGGCCUGCCGACGCGCAUGUCGCGCAUCAAGCUCACCGACAAGGAGAAGAAGCGUCUGCAGGACCUGAUCAAGCGGGCGACGAGUCUGGACGAGAUCACCAAGCUGGAGACGAUGCUGCGGGAGGGCAGGAUGCCGGCUGGUGUGCAUCUGGGCGACGAGAUGGAGGAAUAG